AUGGCGGCGAGACUCUCUCUGUACAAUCGUAGUCGUCUACUGCGAACACCCUUACUUUCAACAAUCUCUCGCUCAACCCCACUUCUUCCAAGGACCGCGUCGCUACUUGCACCUUAUGUUCGAAUUAAUUCUGCUCCUUCAAUACGCAAUUAUGCCAAUGGCCGGCCUCAUCCUCCCGGGGGUACUCACCGCAUGAACAUGAGCGGAGAGCCAGAAAAGGCUGCUCUGGAACAGUAUGGUGUCGAUUUGACAGCAAAGGCAAAGAAAGGAAAGCUGGACCCAGUCAUUGGAAGAGAUGCAGAAAUUCACCGAACGAUCCAGGUGUUAUCGCGUCGUACCAAGAACAACCCCGUGUUGAUUGGUGCGGCGGGUACUGGUAAAACUGCAGUUUUAGAAGGCCUUGCGCAACGCAUUGUCCAAGGCGAUGUGCCUGAGAGCAUCAAGAACAAGCGCGUAAUCUCGCUGGACUUGGGCUCCCUCAUUGCGGGUGCCAAAUUCCGCGGUGACUUUGAAGAGCGCCUCAAGGCCGUGCUAAAGGAAGUCGAAGACGCUGAAGGCAAAGUCAUUCUCUUCAUUGACGAGCUCCAUACAUUACUGGGACUGGGAAAGGCCGAGGGCAGCAUCGAUGCCAGUAAUCUCCUGAAGCCAGCUUUGUCUCGGGGCGAUCUUCAAUGCUGUGGUGCUACCACCCUAACUGAAUACCGCCUGAUUGAAAAAGAUGUCGCUCUGGCCCGACGUUUCCAACCUAUCCUAGUUGAUGAGCCAUCUGUCGCCUCAACGAUCUCCAUUCUACGUGGUAUCAAGAAUAAAUAUGAAGUUCAUCAUGGUGUCCGAAUCACCGACGGUGCCCUCGUAGCUGCUGCGACUUACAGCAAUCGCUAUAUUACCGACCGCUUCCUUCCCGACAAGGCGAUUGACUUGGUAGAUGAAGCAGCCUCAGCGCUUCGCUUGCAGCAAGAAUCCAAGCCUGAUCCCAUUCGAGAGUUGGAGCGCGACAUCACCACUAUUCAAAUCGAGCUCGAGUCCUUGCGCAAAGAAACCGACGUCAGUAGCCGUGAGCGAAAAGAAAAGCUUCAAGAGGAUCUUAAAGUCAAGCAAACCGAAGUUGGCAAGUUGACUGAGGUCUGGGAAAAAGAGAAACUCGAAAUCGACGGCAUUAAACGCACGAAGGAAGAAUUGGAGCAAGCGCGAUUCCAAUUGGAACAGGCGCAACGCGAGGGCGACUUUGCCAAGGCCGGAGAGCUUCGUUACUCUAAGAUCCCCGAGUUGGAAAGCAAAUUGCCUAAGGAAGGAGUGGACCAGGAUGGGGAGAAGGAGACUAUGAUUCACGACUCCGUCACAGCUGAUGACAUUGGCAAUGUCGUUUCUCGGACCACAGGCAUCCCAGUCAACAAACUCAUGGCGGGAGACGUUGAGAAGUUGAUCCACAUGGAAGACACCCUUCGAAAGUCGGUUCGUGGACAGGAUGAAGCUCUGUCUGCAGUUGCCAAUGCCGUUCGAAUGCAACGGGCGGGCCUAAGCGGGGAAAAUCGCCCGCUGGCAUCAUUCAUGUUUCUGGGACCGACUGGUGUUGGUAAGACGGAGCUCUGCAAGAAGAUGGCCGAGUUCCUUUUCUCUACCGAGAAUGCUGUUGUGCGCUUCGAUAUGAGUGAAUUCCAGGAGAAACACACCAUUAGUCGCUUGAUUGGCUCUCCUGCUGGGUACAUCGGCUACGACGAUGCUGGUCAGCUUACCGAGGCUGUCCGGCGGAAGCCAUAUGCUGUUCUUUUGUUUGACGAGUUUGAGAAGGCUCAUCGGGACAUCUCUGCUUUACUUUUGCAAGUCCUUGAUGAGGGUUUCCUCACAGAUGCCCAGGGCCACAAGGUUGACUUCCGGAAUACAUUGAUUGUUUUGACUUCUAAUCUGGGUGCCGAAAUCCUCGUUGGAGGUGAUCCUUUGCAUGCCUACAAGGAUAGCGGUGAAUCCGAAGUUCCUCCAGAUAUCAAAAAAGCCGUUAUGGACGUUGUCCAGCACGCCUACGCGCCGGAGUUCCUGAACCGGAUAGACGAGUUCAUCAUUUUCAAGCGCCUUUCGCGGGAAGCCUUGCGCGAUAUUGUCGAUAUCAGAAUUAAGGAGCUGCAGGGCCGCCUUGAUAGCCGCCGCAUGACUCUUGAGGUCGAUGGUGAGAUCAAGGAUUGGUUAUGUGAGCGAGGCUAUGAUCCCAAGUUCGGUGCCCGUCCUCUAAAUCGACUCAUCGCGAAAGAAAUUGGCAACCGGCUGGCAGAUAAAAUCAUUCGUGGCGAAAUUGUUUCUGGCCAGACUGCUCAUGUUUCCCUCACCGAUGACAAAUCUGCCUUGGUUGUGACUCCUAAAGGCGUGGAAGAAAAGUCAUAA